UUUCAGGGUGGAGACUUGUUGUAAGUAUGCUAACUUUGAGAGGGUUUUGUGGGUUUUUAGUGAGGGAGAGAGAGAGAAGCUACUUAACUUUAUAAAGCUUGUUACUGUCUAGAAAAGAAAAGAAAAGAAAAGAAAAAAGCCUAUCUCUUUCCCUCUCUCUUUUUCUCAAUCUUUUUUAACAUUCUUUUUACUUUUUGUUGCAGUACUAAUUUCUAUAUGGGUUUUGGUGUCACUAUUAUUACUAGUACCCUUCAAAGUCUGCAACUUCUAUUUUGAUACAAAAAAAAAAAAAAAAACCAUGAAGGGUGAGUCUAAAGAUCCAGCUUUCAAGCUCUUUGGUAGGAAGAUUCCUGUACCUGAUACUCAGUUUCCGGCCGAACCACUAGCCAAGGGAACCUGCAGUGAGAUAACAAGAGUAGAAACCAAGGGUCCUAGUGAAGACAUCUCAGAAGAACCUGAAAUGUUCUCUGGUUCUGGACAAGGCAAGGAAGAAAGCCAAGCUGCAAUGCGAGUGAAUGAGGCACAAGUAAUUGCUAAGCAUAAGGAAGGUCCACUGGAGACUAAUGGCACAGACCAAGAGAAAGUCCUUAAGAAGCCAGAUAAAAUUCUACCAUGUCCACGAUGCAACAGUUUAGACACAAAAUUCUGUUACUUCAAUAACUAUAAUGUCAACCAACCAAGGCAUUUCUGCAAGAAUUGCCAAAGAUAUUGGACAGCUGGGGGAUCAAUGAGAAAUGUCCCUAUUGGUGCUGGCCGGCGGAAGAAUAAGCACUUAGCCACUCAAUAUCGUCAGAUAUUAGUAUCUUCUGAUGGGAUGCCUAUUGCCAGAAUGGAAAACUCAGACUCAAUCGGUCACCAACUUCAAUCUUCUGUUGAAUCCGGAACCACCUUGAGUCCCUCAGUAGCAAAUGGAAUGGUUCUAAAAUUCGGUCAUGAAGCACCUCUUUGUGAUUCCAUGGAGAAUGUGCUGAAUCUUGGAGACCAAAAGAGAUAUGUUGAGAUAAGUUCAGUCAAUCGUCAAGAUAAUGUAGAAGAGCCGUCUUCAUGUGGAUCCUCCAAGACAGCUUCCAAUGCUUGGGCAAACGAAUUGCGAGAAAAUAUUAUGCAGAAAGAGCAAGUUGAUGUGCCAGCAUCUUCUAACGAACUCAGCGCACCAAAUUCCCUGCCUUAUUAUUCUGUUCCUUCAUGGGUUUUUCCUUGGAACCCGGGUUGGAAUAAUGUUGCUUCCAUGACCGCAGCUCAGCACUCCACUGGCCAGGCUUGCGUGACAAAUAUUCCCAAUCAAGUUCAAUUGUGCUCCACACCAAUGUUGGCUGUUCCCAGCAUUUGCCCUCCAAACAUUCCUUUACAAUUUGUACCCGCUUCUUAUUGGGGUUGCAUGCCCACAUGGGCUGCUGGAACAAGAAAUGUAUCAUUGAGUGGAUCGAAUGGCUGCCUUUCUCUAUCAACCUCUGCUAACACCAGUUCCUGCUCAGGAAAUGGCUCACCAACCCUAGGCAAGCAUUCUAGAGAUUCAAAAUUUAUGGAAGAAGAGAAGGCAGAAAAAUGUAUAUUGGUCCCAAAAACACUAAGAAUUGAUGACCCAAGUGAGGCUUCAAAGAGUCCUUUAUGGGCUACAUUAGGUCUUAAGCCUGACCAGAAGGAUCCCGCAUCAAAAGGUACUAUCUUCAAGAAUUUUGAAACCAAAGCAGAAUGCUAUGGCCAUGUAUCUGAUAUCACUCAUGUACUGGAAGCAAACCCAGCAGCUCUUUCUCGCUCUCAUACAUUCCAGGAGAGUGGCUAAAGGACACCUGCUGAGAUUUUCCAUUGUGAACCUCACUUGCGUCCGUGAUCUUCUCUAGGCAUAACCACGGGGACAUGUUUUUUGUGGAGAGUAUACCACAUUGAUUUUCCUUCACAGCGCAUGAGAUUUCUGCUCAACUAAUUCUGAUUGAAGUCUGAAAGGCAAGUUCUUCAGAAUCAAUUGCUACAUAAUCAGCGGUGCUGUCAACACAUCUCUUCAAGUCGUCAUUGUAAAUAACAGAGGUUGUUUAAUGCGUGGUGGUUAUGGUCCGCGGCCUAUUUUAGGUUCAACUAAUACACUCAUACCUAUCUUACUGCUUGGAAUCUGCAGAAAAAUAAGAUGAAGCUCUGGCCUGUAUGUAUAAAUUAAAGCCAUCAUCCAUUGGAAGGCUAACCAAAGUUUUCUGAAGUCCAGUAUCUUUUCUCAAAUGCUGUAAUUUGUGUUCUCGUUUGCUAUAUCUCAACCAUGUCAGCUGGAAUAGUAAAUCUCUUCUAGAGUUGUACUAUUUUGCACUUGUUUACUGAAUCUUUUUGUGCCCGAGUUUGUAAAGUUGAGUAAUUUAGGUCAUACCUAGGCUCAGAGUAAAUUUCACCUGAAGUUCUUUUAGCUUGCUAGGGGCUCCAAGAAUGAUGUGUCUCAGAAACGAAAAGUGUACUAUAGUCUGAGUCAUAUAAUUUGGAGAGAGAAAUCAAAGAUUAUUCAAUCCUUCAAAAUA